CAGCGCUGCUGCCUCUCCUUAUAUAAUAGAAGUACACGCAGUGCCUUUUGACAGUAGAGCAAAUUCACAAAACCAAAGAUGCGUUUUUUGCCGAUCGCAGGGCUGGUUUUUAUUGCCGCCCUUUCCAAUGCAGGGGUCCUCAAAGUUACCUCAGGCUACUUGAGCAUAAAUGGCCAAAAAGUGUUCCUCUCUGGACCAAAUAUUGCGUGGCAAUCGUACGGCUAUGACUUCGGCAAUGGCAUGUAUGAUGUGAACGGCGGAGCUCUGGAAAGCCAACUCCGGUCUAUCAGUGCCAAUGGGGGCAACGCAGUUCGCAUCUGGAUUCACGUCGAGGGCGACAACACUCCGCAGUGGGACUCGAACGGCUAUGUCACUGGACUGGAUAACACGGGUACUAUGAUCAAUGACCUGAGGCGCUUCUUCGACGCAGCUCAAGCGCAAAAUAUUGUGGUGAUCCCAGUUCUAUGGAAUGCAGCACUUAUGAGAAAUCAAAACGUGCUGAAUUUGCAUUGGGACGAUGCUAAACUGCAGUCUUAUAUUGACAACGCUUUAAUACCAAUGGUGUCUGCCUUGGCUGGCCACCCAGCAAUCGGCGCUUGGGAAAUCAUGAACGAGCCCGAAGGCUCUGUUCUUCCAGGCUCUCACCCUGACCCAUGUGCUGAUACUUCUGCUUUAAGUGGCCAAGGACCUGGUUGGUCCGGUGCCAAUAUCCCAAUGGAAAGGAUGUUGCGGUUUUUGAAUUGGCAACUGGCUGCAAUCCGAAACACAGACCCCAAUGUUCUCAGAGCUGUUGGAACUUGGUCUGAGCAAUCUGCUUCUGAUAGCCUUGGAAAGAAAAACUAUUACACUGACGAAUGUCUGGAAAGAAUUGGUGGAAAGCCAGGUGGAACUGUUGAUUUCUACCAAAUCCACACCUACUCUUACAAUGGAGCUUUUAGUUCAACCUCUCCAUUUAAGCACACUGCAUCGGAGUUUACGUUGGACAAGCCAGUUUUGAUUGGAGAAUUUUCGGCAAGUUGUGGAGAAAAUUUGGGCCUGCCUACCAUGUUCGACCAUCUCUAUUUCAACGGCUACAGCGGAGGUUUGACUUGGAUGUAUUCUGGUGCAUCUGAUUGCGGCGACUCGCAGCAAGUUCAAAAUGAUGGCUAUCAGCACAUUAGGAACUACAAUGACCCAAACAAUGGAGGACUAGUGGAAUUUGUUUUUUAAAUAAAAUAAAUAAAACUUUUCUGAUAAUAAUGGUUAUA